AGUAAUAAUAUUCCAGAAGCAGCAACUUCAUCGGCAUUAGCGCUAGGCGUCGCUUGGAAGACUUUAGUUCGGACAAGAUGGUGUGCUUUACUCCGAAAGUUUACUUUCUAAUUCUACUUGGCACAUGGAUUUCUUGCCAGUUUUUUGUUCCAUCGGAUUCACGUGCCCUGUUUAGCUUUAGCAGAGUUAGGCGGGCGGCCGAGGAGAAUGCUGAGAAAAAGACGAACAGCUCGGAAGGACGCCCUCCAUGCGAGGAAGACAUGAACGGAACUUAUCCUUGUUCGUCUACGAUAACUGGUAACCUGUUGCUGAUGGUGUUUUAUGGUGCAAUCCUUGGAGUUGCUGCAAAAUGCAUUUCUGAUGGCGCUGAACUGUUGUUGGAUCUUGGCUGUAACCCUUCUCUGAUUGGUGGUAUUGUUCUUCCUUUGUUGGGAGCUGUACCAGACUCUGCUAUUAUCAUUGUAUCAGGUUUGGGAGAUGAUGCACAGGAUAAGUUGUCUGUUGGCAUGGGGACAUUGGCAGGUAGUACCAUCAUGUUACUAACAGCAGCAUGGGCCGGUAGUUUAGCAGUUGGAAAGUGUGACCUUGAUGCUAAUGGUGAAGCCAUUGAAGGCAGUGGAUAUGGAAGGAUCAGCUGUAACAAACAAGGUGUGACAAUCUUGCCUAGUGUCAAGACAGCUGUAGGAAUUAUGUUGCUUACAUCGCUUUCAUACUUUAUUGUACAAGGAGCAGACUGGCAUUUUGGUCCACAUAACUUUGGAGAUCAGCCCCCUUAUGUACGCAAGGCUGCCUUGGCAACCAUGAUUAUUUGCUUCAUUGGUUUUGUAGCCUAUCUGAUUUUCUUGUUUGUUGACAGCAAGUCAGCCCAAAUGAGAGCAGAUAAGCAUCGUCAAGAAAUGAUGCAGCGAAGGGUACUGCACCGUUUUGUCAUGAUGGCCAAGAAAACAAUGCCUGGCAGAACUGAUCAACUUGAUGGGGAAGAUAAAGCUGCACAAGAAAUUCAUGUCCAGAAGAAGUACUUCAAAGCUUGGCGUCUUGGAGCUGGCAUGGAUAAAAAGCAGCCAACAGAGACAGACCCUAUUAUGCCUAAAGAUGACAAAGAGGAACUUAUUCACAAAGAUUCUUUUGAAAUUGAGGACGAAGAGGAAGAAGAGGAAAGCACAACUUAUUUGGCCAUUAAGUGUGUCAGCCUCCUUGUUAUUGGAGUUGGUUUGGUGACAGUAUUUGCUGAUCCAAUGUGUGAUGUGCUUGAUUCCCUUACAAAUAAAUACAACAAGUCAUUUAUUCCUGUUUCAUCUUUCUAUGUGUCAUUUGUGGUGACUCCACUGUGCUCAAAUGCUUCAGAACUUGUGUCUUCUUUAAUUUUUGCCUCCAAGAAGAAGAAGGAGAAUGUUUCCAUGACCUUUGCACAGCUGUAUGGUGCUGGAACCAUGAACAACACUCUGUGUCUUGGCAUUUUUGCUGCUCUUGUGUACUUCAGGGAGUUGAAGUGGUACUACUCUGCAGAGGUGACUGUGAUAAUCUUUGUGCAGUGGGUCGUUGGAAUUGUUGGCUUCCGUCUGACAUACAAGUUGUGGACUGGUAUUAUUGUUGGCUCACUGUAUGUUGUAUCAAUUGGUCUGGUGGCUCUCCUUGAAAGCAGUGCCAUUGGUUGGAAGUAACUUUUCUACAGUGUUCAUUUCCAAGCUGCUUUAGUAUGCUCUGAAAUUGUUUGCUUAAAUGAAGCCGGUGUAUAGACAUAAUGGAAUGGUAAAUUGGCCACAGUUAUGAUUAUAAAAGCUGACGUUUCGAGCGUUAGCCCUUCGUCGGAGCAAAUUGGC